AUGUUUGAAGUAGGUGAAAAAUAUCCUGUUGAAAGCAGCAGUAGUUCAAAUGACAUAGAAUCUCGUGGUGUUCAACCUAUAACAUCCCUCAAAGACAAUAAAUCAAUAGGAAUGAUAGAGAAAGAUAAUGAUGAUCUAUCAUGUGAACAAUAUAGUACUUGUGAUGAAGUCAAAAGAGAUUUAAAAGCAAGACAUGUUUCUAUGAUUGCCAUUGGUGGUACAAUAGGUACAGGGUUAUUCAUAUCCACUGGUUCUUUACUUCACACCACUGGUCCAGUAAUGUCAUUAAUAUCAUUUUUAUUUGUCACAACUUUAGCAUAUUCAGUUACACAAUCACUUGGGGAAAUGACAACAUAUAUCCCCGUUUCUGGAUCAUUUGCCCAAUUUAUAACUCGUUGGGUUUCAAAAAGUUGUGGUGCUGCUAAUGGUUGGUUAUAUUGGUUUUCAUGGGCCAUAACAUUCGCUUUAGAAUUAUCAGUUGUUGGUCAAGUCAUACAAUAUUGGACUGAUGCUGUACCAUUAGCUGGUUGGAUUUCCAUUUUUUUCGUCUUAUUAACUACAUUUAAUUUAUUCCCGGUGAAAUAUUAUGGAGAGGUUGAAUUUUGGAUUGCUUCAACUAAAGUAAUUGCUAUUGUUGGGUGGCUCAUAUAUGCAUUUUGUAUGGUUUGUGGGGCUGGUAAAACUGGACCAGUUGGGUUCCGUUAUUGGCGGAAUGGAUAUGCAUGGGGUGAUGGGAUGAUAGUUCUGAAUAAUGGUAAAUACGCCAUUUCUUUCAUUAAUGGUCUUAUCAAUGCUGUUUUUACUUUCCAAGGUACUGAAUUGGUUGCUGUUACUGCGGGUGAAGCUUCUCCAAGAGCAAUCCGUAGUGCAAUUAAAAAAGUCAUGUUCAGAAUUUUGGUAUUCUAUGUCUUGUGUAUGCUUUUCAUUGGUCUUUUGGUUCCUUACAACGAUCCAAAGCUUACUCAAGAUGGUGGUUUUACAAGAAACUCUCCAUUCCUUAUUGCUAUGGAAAAUUCCGGUACUAAAGUUUUACCACACAUUUUCAAUGCAGUGAUCGUUACAACAAUUAUUUCAGCUGGUAAUUCCAAUGUUUAUUCGGGAUCACGUAUUCUUUACGGGUUAGCCCAAGCUGGUGUAGCUCCUAAAUUUUUCCUUAAAACUAACAAAGGUGGUGUUCCAUAUUUUGCUGUCUUGUUCACUGCGGCAUUUGGUGCAUUGGGAUAUUUAGCAUGUUCGGAAGAUGGUAAUAAAGCUUUCACUUGGUUAUUGAAUAUUAUUGCCACUGCUGGAUUGAUCGCUUGGGGAUUCAUUUCUGUGAGUCAUGUCAGAUUCAUGAAUGUUCUUAGAAAAAGAGGUUUAAGUCGAGACAUUUUACCUUAUAAAGCUUUUUUCAUGCCAUAUAGUGCAUAUUAUGCCAUUAUUAUUAUAUUCAUUGUUGUGUUGAUUCAAGGUUUCACAGUGUUUUGGGACUUCAAUGCUAGUGAUUUCUUCACUGCCUAUAUAUCCGUGAUAUUAUUUGUUGUUCUUUGGAUUGGUUUCCACUUUUUCUUUUACGGGUUUGGUAAAGAUUCUUUUAAAUGGGAAAACAUAUUAAUCCCAUUGGAUGAUUGUGAUAUUGAUUCUGGUGUUAGAGAUAUUAAUGAUGCUGAAUUUGAUGUACCUGAACCUAAAAAUGUUUGGGAAAGAUUCUGGUUACUUAUUGCUUAA